AUGUCACUCUUCCAACGUCAGCAGGUAUCAAAGAAUAACAACAAUGCCACGGCUUUUAGCAACUCACUUACUGAUAUGAUUACAAUUAAGCAAAACAGCUCGAAUGAUAGACGCGCGGAUGAUUUCGCCCAUAUCGGCGAUUCUUUUAAUUCUGAGAACGGUGAAAGAUACAAUGGCAUCUCCAACGCCGACUUUGCGUUUCCGCCUAUACAUGACAACAUACAUCACAAAGAGAAUCUAGCCGACAGAAUAGUGGAGCUAGUGCCAGAAAUAUGUUUGCCGACACUACAGGACUUGCACCUUCAACACUACAACAUAGAUGCAUGGUUGACUGUAUCUGAGUUUAAUUCGUUCAGAAUACCUCCUACUGGAUCAACUGCCAAGAAUGUUACUCGAGGCAGCCUACAGCUAAAAGUAUUAGAGAUGCAAUUACCAAACAUCCUUGGCUGGAAAUAAACUAUUGUCCUUGUAAUUGACUGAUUGCGUGGGUAGUACCAUUUAGAUGAUUUUCCCCCCUUACUACAAUACAUUAAGUAGUACAAUACUGUACAGCAGUAGAGCAU